GCAUCUGUGGGGUUCCAACCCCCUGGUCCCCCUGUCACUGCACCCCCCCAGCGUGCUGUGAUGGCACCGGACACCUGAGCCCCUCCGGCAGGGACCAGCCAUGGAGACCGUUGUCAUCGUGGCCAUCGGGGUGCUGGCCACCAUCUUCCUGGCGUCCUUCGUGGCGCUGGUGGUGGUGUGCAGGCAGCGCUACUGUCACCCCAAGGACCUGCGCCACCACUACGACACCAAACCCAUCGUGGACCUGAUGGGGACCGCGGAGACGCCGUCAGAGCCCUCGGAGCUGGAGCUGGACGACGUGGUCAUCACCAACCCCCACAUCGAGGCCAUCCUGGAGAACGAGGACUGGGUGGAGGACGCCUCGGGUCUGGUGUCCCACUGCAUCGCCAUCCUGAAGAUCUGUCACACGCUGACGGAGAAGUUGGUGGCCAUGACCAUGGGCUCGGGCGCGCGCGUGAAGUCCCCGGCCAGCCUGGGUGACAUCAUCGUGGUGGCCAAGCGCAUCAGCCCCAGGGUGGACGACGUGGUGAGAUCCAUGUACCCCCCGCUGGACCCCAAACUGCUGGAUGCGAGGUGACAGUGGUGGGAAGGACAGG